UCAGCGUGGGAAUUAUAUGUCAUCUCCGCCACCGUUCCGCCACCGCACUCAUUCUCGUCUCCCUCCAUCAUGCAUCAUGGCUACAGUCACUCACUACAUUUACUCACACUAUGACCCUGCAGAACGGCCUCAACUCGAGCAGGAGGCCGGUCAGAUCCCAGAGGAAGAAGAGAAGGACGCAUGGCAGACAGAGUCAUCUUUCGGCGCACAGCGCCGCCUUGCAGCAGCACCUCGAUUCGUUCGCGGAAUUGUCUCCUACGAUGAGAUCAACGACAUGAUGAGUUUGCCAUCUACCCUGCAAGUAGCACCAGAGGAGAAAGCCAACACCGUCGUCAGCAGCUGGUACAGGUCUUUGAUGCGGAGCGCGAGCGCGCCUCUGCCUCUUGAGGAGACCGAGACGCUACUGGCGUCCAGCUUUACCACUUCAUGCACUACUGCCGCCUCCUCUGUCGGACCAUCUUCUCCUGCUCCCACAUCCAGAAAGCGCGAAAGCCGAAACAAGGAUAACUGGUUCAUCACCAGAGCCCUUCGCUCAGAGCCUCCUACUACUUGUCCGACACCCACGCCUACCCUUGCUGAUAUCCUUGCCCGUGAGCCUCCACCGCUUCCUAACGACCAGCCGUACACUCCUCCUGUCUUCCUCACUCUGGGGCCAAAUAAUCGAGGCUACACUAUGCUUCAGCAGAGCGGGUGGAGCGAGGGCGAACCCCUCGGUCCUGGGGUGGUCCGGCGGCCUCGCGUCGAGGAGCCUAUUCCGCAGAUUCCUAUAAGAGCCAGGCGAGAAGCAGGACGAAUGGUCGUCAAGAAGGAAGAGCGCGAGAUCAAGUGCGAUCCGGACGGGGAGAUCAGUGAGCUGCGGGAAGUGGACAUCAUCGACCUGACCCUCUCCGAUUCCGAGGACGGCGAGGAGAACGUCAAGAUGGAGGAGGUUGAGGAAGAGGUCAAGAUGGAGCUGGGAGCUGUGCCCGCUAGUUUAGCGCUGGGACCCAGCGAAGCUGCCCCGUCGUCGCACAACCCGCGCGCUCUCCUCACACCUCUCCCGACCGUGCUCAAGUCAGAUCGCCUCGGUGUCGGUCUCAAGGCCAAGACCGUCGGACCGUACAAGGCGUCAAAGAAGCGUGUUACGCACAAUGCUGCCGCUCUCGCUGAACAUAUAAGGGCGACGGAGGAGAUGCGUAGGAUGAAGACGUUGGUCGGGAGGGGCUCGAAGAGCUUUGCGAGGCUGGCGAAGGCGGAAGCGGAGAGCAGGAGACGGGUGCUCGCCAGCCUGAAGAAAGGCUAGACCGUUGUUGUCGUGUGUGCAUGUCGACAAUGCGACCGCAGGUCUGCUACCUGCUAUUUCCAUCAUGCCUGACCUGUCCUGACUGGAAGCGGGGCCCACUGCGGAGGCGGGAUGUAUGUCCUGUCGUUCCGAGCGCCACUUACGGUCGACAUUACAACUAUUAAGCAACGAGACGUGACGCUAAUGCUUUCUCUCUCGUUGCCCAGUGAUGCUCGACCAGAUGUGACUACUUCCAGAUAAUCCAAUUGUACUAUGUAGAGACGUCCACAGUUAUUAUAAUCAAUAACAUAAUAAGUUGUACUACCAAGCAACGAACGGAGCGAUACGACACCAAACAACGAAGGACUAUUCAGAUUAUCGGUUAGCGCGAGCUAACGAGCGAACAUGAGUGUUAGUGUAAAUGACAGCGAAAAAUCCAGAGUGAUAUGCAGAUAGAUAGGUUGUAGAUGAAGUGUAGAUGCGUGGAAUCUAGAUCAACGAGUGUUUG